AUGGAGGAGUUUGAGUACACCCUCGAGAACGAACAACAAUUCUGGGAUGAACUCGAAGACAUAGUAACCAAACCCUGUCCCUCUCACCAAUUAAUCGAUAAUGCCCUCCGAAGCUACCUCCACUUCACGACGAACUUCCGAGACGAAUACCUCCAAUCCGACGACGACGUCGCGCGUUGUAUACAUAGACUCCUACAUUCGCCCUUGUUCGAGGCACACGCAGAGUACAUACGGAUCCAAUUGAUAUACUGCCUGCUGCAAGAAGAUGAGGGCAAGACGUUACAUUUCCUCGCGGGGUUCCUGCUGCUGGACGGGAGGGGUAAUGAGCGGACUUUUGAGAUGAUGAAUGAGGAGGGGUGUUUUCCGAGAUUGUUGGAGUUGAUUAAAGGAGAAGGUGGCAAGGAUGCUGGAUUACAUCGUUUGCUGCUGGAGUUGUUGUAUGAGAUGUCGAGGAUGCAGAGGCUCAGUCAUGAGGAUUUGGGACAGGUGGGUGAUGAGUUUGUUACGGGCCUUUUUCAGAUUAUUGAGCAGCUUUCGGAUGAUGUGGAUGAUCCUUAUCAUUAUCCUGUUAUUCGUGUUUUGUUGGUACUGAACGAACAAUACAUGGUCUCUGCAACCUCAACACCCACCACUUCUCCACCCCUCACAAAUCGCGUUAUAAAACUCCUAGGACUCCACGGCUCCUCCUACAUGACCUUUGGAGAAAACAUAAUUCUCCUUCUAAACCGGGAAACCGAAACGAGCCUCCAACUCCUCAUCCUCAAGCUGCUCUACCUCCUCUUCACCACCCGCGUCACCUACGAAUACUUCUACACCAAUGACCUCCGCGUCCUCCUCGACGUAAUAAUCCGCAACCUCCUCGACCUCCCCAACGAACUCAUCUCCCUCCGCCACACCUACCUGAGAGUAAUGUACCCUCUCCUCGCACACACCCAGCUCAGCCAACCACCCCACUACAAACGCGACGAAAUCCACAAAGUCCUAUCCCUCCUCGGCCACAACACAAACGCCCACUGGGAACCCGCCGACGAAACAACCCUCCGUCUCGUAGAGCGCGUCACCAAUGUCCCUUGGCUCCGCGACAACGAGUCCCCUUCAGAUGGCGAAGUCGCGCGUAAACUCCUCGGUAUAUCACUUAGUCCGGCGCAAACUGAGAGUUCGGUCAGUGUAAUUGAUGUAGCUGCUGUAAUGGAGAAACCUGGCGUGCAAACUCCGAGUCGGAAAACGGAAUUCGAGGAAACGCAAAGGGAUGGCGCGAAUGAGGUGAAAGAGCCAAAGAGAGGGAAGAAAUUCCCACCUCCGCCUAUACCGCCGAUGAGAGUGGAAAGCGCGAGGAAACUACCGCCCAAGACGCCGCCGAGACGAAGGACGAAGUUGAAGGUUGUUCAGGGCGGAGAUGGGGGUGAGGGUUGA